UCGGCAUUAGCAUUUGUUGUGCGCGAAAGGUGUUUUGUGCGUUUGCAUAUUUCGGGAUGUAAAGGGUGGUCCUUGAAACAAGUUUGCCACAUUUAUGUCGUCUUGUUGGAGCUCCAUACGUAAUUAACGACCAUGGCGUCUGCAAUGCCCGAACCGAGUAAAGACGGAGCAGAUGAGCCUGGAAUCGCACCGAUUGUUCAAAAUCACUACAACAGCCUGGAAAAUGGAGGCCUGGAACAAAGACAACAAAGUCGUAUUUUUCACAUGCGAAACUUCAAUAAUUGGGUGAAGAGCAUGUUGAUACGCGAUUUUAUUAACAAGAGAAAGGAAGACAAGCCCGACGGAGACACGUUUACAGUGCUUGACCUGGGUGCUGGAAAAGGCGGAGAUCUUCUCAAGUGGAAAAAGGGCGAUAUUUCCUACCUCGUCUGCGCUGACAUUGCGGGAACAUCGCUGCAGCAUGCAGAAGAGAGGUAUCGUGACAUGGAAGGACGACAUCGCAGACAGCGGGAAAGGGGAAGGAUGUUCAAGGCAGAAUUUAUCGAAGCCGAUUGUACAAAAGUACUACUGGCAGAGCGCUAUAAACGUGGAGAAGCAAUGCAGUUUGACCUGGUUAGCUGCCAAUUCACCCUGCAUUACAGCUUCGAGUCACUGCCCCAGGCUCAGUGCAUGUUGCGCAACGCAGCCGAUUGUCUUCUGCCUGGCGGCUUCUUCAUUGGAACUACACCCGAUGCCUAUGACCUUGUGCGCCGUGUGCAAGAGUCAGAUGGGCUAAGCUUUGGCAAUGACGUGUUCUCGGUGACCUUCCAGAACAAGGAAGAGUUUCCGCUCUUUGGUGCCCGGUAUGACUUCCACCUGGAGGGUGUGGUGGACUGCCCAGAGUUUCUGGUUCAUAUUGACUUACUCAAAGAGUUGGCACGUGGCUAUGGCAUGGAACUGGUGUACAAGAAACGUUUUGAAGAUUUUUUUGACCAGUUCAAAGAAGAUUCUGAAGGGAGGAUGCUGCUUCGUAAAAUGCAGGCAUUAGAGACAUACCCCCCUGGGAGGGACUGUGCUUCAGUGGGCAACGUUCCGCAAGAUUAUGAAUAUGCUGCCCAGGAAGUGGAAAGGUUAAAGGGGGAGGCGGAAGGCCACAAUGAUAAAGUCCAAGUGGGAACUCUGUCCAAGGCAGAAUGGGAAGCACUAAGUAUCUACAUAGUGUUCGCAUUUCAAAAGAAAUAAGGACGACAGAAGGCAGUGUGCUCCUCAUACAUCUCUCAUGUACUUCGGAUCAUCAUCUUCUGUGAAGCCAUUGAUAGACAUAAUUUGACAUCAGCGUUUUCUUGUCCACUUUCCUUUUAUACUCAUGGACUGGAUAGUGGCUGUGUAAUGCUUUCAAACAAGACUUGUGGCACGAAAUUUCACGGUGCAAAAAUUCCUCCAUCAAGAUCGUGGUUGCUGUCCUUGCAGAAGCGACAGUCGCAUGUUGUGAUGUGUACCUCUAUGUACUAUAAAGGAUGCUCUCGUAGA